AUGAAGCCACUCCAAAUGCAAAGGAUUCAACUCCUGCUCGCCGGUUAUGAUAGUCAAGUAGGAGAAAAUACUGGCUCUAGAGGUAGUGCAUUUAAGAGAGCCCACGAGAGUGAUGCAAGUGAUCCCAACUCCAUAGGAUCUAGUGCUCUCCCAAUGGGGAGGGAUGCAACUAAAAAAAAGGGUAAAAAGAAAGGCAAUGAGUUGGAACGAUUGGACAAAAUAGCCAUGAGGCAAGAGGAUGCUAACCAAUUGUUGAAACAAAGUAUUGAGGCUAAGAAGAUGAUGUUUAUGAAGCUAAAUUCAAAGGAGCAUCUCGAUGACCGGAGCAAAGAGCUGUUGGAAAAAUUGGGUCGCGAUCUGUUUGGAAAUUAA